AUGACGACCUUACCCAUUAAUGAUAAAGAUUUAAAUUAUUAUACUUAUCCCGAUGAUGAAGAUAUAUUGGAGUCUGCAGUGAACGAAGUUGAGGAAAUUUCUAAUAAUAAUACUCGGCCUUUUAAUGAAAAUAUGAGAAACGGGUCAUUUCAUAUUCAUAUGGAUAACACUUUUAAUAAAGAUUUUAUAAGCAAAUAUGAUGAUUUUCAAACCAUUGAUUGGCAAAGGGAUCUUGCAAGAGACAGGAAAAGAAGAAGAGCUAUACGAUCUAAGAAUGGUGAUAAUUAUAACCUUUAUAAUCAGUAUUCAAAAAAUGACAAGAUCAAAUCUUCAAGUUUAAGAAAUAUUAUAUCAACCAUACUCAUAACCCAUGAUGCCUGGUCCGGAUGGCUUUGCUUAUUUUUUGUGGGAUUAACUGCUGGUUUAUUCGCUGGUUUCAUAGACAUAGGAUCGAGUUGGUUAACAGACCUAAAAACUGGCCUUUGCAGAGAUGCAUUUUGGUUCAACCGAGAACAAUGCUGUUGGUCCGCUAAUGAUACCACUUUUGAUGAAGAAGGAUGUACACAGUGGCGCACUUGGCCAGAAGUAUUGGGUUAUUAUAGACGCAACGGUCUUUCCUAUUUCUUCAGAUAUUUCAUGUACAUGCUAUGGGCCCUCGUGUUUUCCUCCUUAGCCGUUAUGUUGGUCAAAAUGUUCGCCCCGUACGCCUGUGGAUCCGGGAUGCCUGAAAUCAAAACAAUCCUCAGUGGUUUUAUAAUAAGGGGCUACUUGGGAAAAUGGACGCUUAUCAUAAAAACUGUGACCAUAAUGUUGGGUGUCAGUUCCGGUCUUACCAUGGGCAAGGAGGGACCUAUGGUUCAUAUAGCUUGUUGCAUAGGAAACAUAUUUUCUUACCUUUUUCCUAAAUAUGGGAAAAACGAGGCUAAGAAGCGAGAAAUAUUAUCGGCGGCCGCUGCAGCUGGUGUAUCCGUGGCUUUUGGUGCGCCUAUCGGUGGAGUUUUGUUUAGCCUUGAAGAAAUAAGUUACUAUUUCCCAAUGAAAACUCUCUGGCGAUCCUUCUUCUGUGCCAUGGUAGCCGCUUUCGUUCUAAGAUCCAUUAACCCAUUCGGAAAUGACCAUUUGGUUUCGUUUUACGUUGAUUACAAUAAACCUUGGUUCAUGUUUGAGCUCGUUCCCUUUAUUUUACUCGGGGUUUUCGGGGGAAUUAUUGGUGCCUUUUUAAUUAAAGCAAAUUACUAUUGGUGUAAAUAUAGGAAAACCUCGAAAUUAGGCAAAUAUCCUUUCUCCGAAGUGCUCCUUGUUACACUGAUAACCGCUUUCAGUUGCUUUCCUAAUCCUUAUACCCGAGAAUCCAUGAACGAUCUUAUAUCGCAAUUGUUUCAAGAUUGCAGUCCUUCUAAUCAAAUCGAUUUGUGUAAUAAUAACAACAACUUGGGGAGUAAUCUAUGGAAGAUACUUCUAGCUUUGCUCUUCAGAACGAUUUUAUUCAUAUUUACCUUUGGCAUGAAAAUUCCGGCGGGGUUAUUUAUCCCCAGUUUGGCCAUCGGUGCAUGCGCUGGUCGAAUUUUUGGGAUAGGCAUGGAACAACUCGUUUUAAAACACAACAAUCUUUUCAUAUUUAAGGACGUUUGCAAAGCAGAAAAUCUAUGCAUCACUCCAGGUCUUUACGCCAUGGUUGGCUCCGCCGCCGUGUUAGGCGGAGUAACCCGUAUGACUGUAUCCCUGGUUGUGAUUAUGUUCGAAGUAACUGGCGGUAGCCAAUACAUAGUACCUCUAAUGAUAGCUAUAAUGACUGCUAAAUGGGUUGGGGACGCCCUUUGCAGAGAGGGCAUAUAUGAAGCUCACAUUCACCUUAAUAACUAUCCUUUCUUGGAUUACAAGGAGGAAGAGUACCCUUUCACUACCGUAGCUGGUCAAGUUAUGAGGCCCAGGCGUAAUGAUCCCCCUUUAAUAACUUUGACUCAGAAGGAUUCGACCGUCGACGAUGUAGAGAACGUUUUGAAAGAUCAUGACUACAAUGGGUACCCCGUUAUCGUCUCCAAAGAAUCUCAAAAUCUAGUGGGAUACGUCGUCAGAAAAGAUUUGAAAUUGGCUUUGGGAGAAGCUAGAAAAACACAGCAUGGAAUAUCUAAGAAUUCUAUUAUCCAAUUUACGGCAGAACACGAUAAUGACGAGGACGCAUUAAACAAUAUGAUUUCUAGCGAUAUUCGAAAUGAUUUUACGUCUACGUAUCUUAAGCUCAACAAAAUCGUCGAUUUGUCACCCAUAACAAUCACAGACCAAACCCCUAUGGAGACGGUAAUUGACAUGUUUAGAAAAUUAGGACUUCGGCAGAUAUUGGUCACUCAUAAUGGGAAAUUGUUGGGGAUCAUUACGAAAAAAGACAUUUUGGUUCACCUAAAACAGAUCAGUAAGAUGGAAAAUCAACCAUUAUUAGACCAAUGCUGAUAUUUGUGUAACUUAACAUUCUCUCCUUAAGACAUUUAUGCUAAGAGGAUCGCAAAUUGAAAUUAAGGGGGCUUGCUUUAUUGAUUAUCAUAUUUAUUAUUUAAAAAAUUGUCAAUAAUAGAUAUCAAAUAUUGUAAACGGAUCAAUUUAAUUAAUAAUUAUUCAAACUUAUUCUGCUGACAAAUUAUUUUUAUAGUUGAAGCCCAGUUAAAUACAAAAGGCCUAAUCUAAUUAUUUAUUAUUCCACUUAUUUAUUUUACAAUUUUUUAAAAAUAUUUUAUUAUAAAUUUUUUCAAAUAUUUAU